CAGGGGCAGACUGACCAUUUGGAAACUCGGGCACUGCCCGAGGGCCCGGGGUCAGUAGGGGGCCCCAUGAGAUGCCCCUGGUACCUUUUUCAUAGGCUUUUUUGAGUUUGGGCAAGGACACAGGGGCCCCAUGAUCCCCUAUUGCCUGGGGGCCCCAUGAGUUGUCAGUCCACCCCUGCCUUCCGCCCCUGCAUAUGAAUAGAUAGUGGACCCACUGUAUGCCUAUCUUCAAACCCUGUAGCUUCAUGUGCC